UUAUCCACUAAUCCACCUUGCUCCAUAGAUAAGUAUACUGUGCCCUGCACAUUACAGUUCUGUCACAUGUUCUAUGGUUCUGUUCUGUAAAUAAAUUAUACUUGGUAGCCCAGUAUCCACUAUCCACUACUCCACAGCCAUAGUCAUUGGUCUGCGCCCUGUGGUUAUUUAAAAAACGAUAAUUAAGUUGUGUUUUAAAAAAUGUUCUUGUUUUCGACCUAAUUUAUUUUUUAAAUUCAUUGUUGUUUUUUAUAUAUUUUUAUACAAUAUAUUUGUAUUUCUUAAAUCCAUCUUUGUACGAGUUAAAUAGCUGAUUAUAAAAAUGACUACUGGUUAUUGCAAGCAAAUGUUUAGAAGAAAUCUACCUCUGUAUCUUAAAAGUAGAAUUUGUGCACCAUCUUUAUCAACAGUAGCAAAACCUCAAAUUGAAGAUAAUAUUCAACCCAUCGAUCAAGAACUAAAAAUAAAACUAACGGAUCCAGAUGCUUUUGGUAUUAAAAAUAUGGUAACAAUAAAAGACCUUUUUGAAGCUGGAGUUCAUUAUGGUCACACAGAAGGAACAUUAGAUGACCGAAUGAUACGGUACGUUUAUGGCAAUAGAUUAGGACAUCUUAUUAUAGAUUUGAAUCAAACAAAACCUUUAUUACAACAAGCUCUUAAUGUUGCUGCUCAUAUAUCAUACCGUGGUGGAGUUAUUUUAUUUUUAUGCCAGUCACCUUUAAACUGUUUAACUGUCGAGAAUUGUGCAAAAGAUUGUGGCGAGUUUGCACAUACUAGAUACUGGCGUAGUGGCAUGUUUACAAAUUCCUCAAGAAUUUUUAAAGCAGAAACAAGACUGCCAGAUCUUUGUGUAGUACUAAACACAUUAAGUAGUACUUCUAAAGGAAAUGAUGGACAGCAUAAUGUACUUUCUGAUGCUGCUAAAAUGUUGAUUCCAACUAUUGCUAUUGUAGACACUGAUGCUAAUCCUAACAUAGUAACAUAUCCAGUACCUGGAAAUGAUGACACACCAAGCGCAAUACAAUUGUAUUGUAAUUUAUUUAAAAAUGUAAUACUAAAGGCUAAAGCAAUCAGAAAAGAAGUACUGAAUUCCAAAAAUACUUAAUUUUAGUUAUUUUUGUAUAGUAUAAAAUAAAUAUAACAUGUAAUUAAU